CACAAACACAUUGCUUAGCAGUGUAACACUAAUGGAUAGACCAAUAUACAUAUCAAACACAUUCCUGGCAGCUGGUACAUAAAUAUUAAUCACUAGUAAGGACACAGCAUUUCGUUUUGCAGCCAUAAUAUACUACCAAGUAUAUUAAAGAUUUACAAGUCAAUAUUGUGUCAUACUUUUUGUGUUAGCGGUGCGAUAUUCUCAUUUUAGGUGAUAAACUAUAGAGUUUCUAGAGAAUUCAGAGUCAGCACUAUAGGUUACAACGUUUCAUCUAUAACUACGGCUAUGUAAACAGUGCAGUCGAAGAUUACAAAAAAAAGUAAGGUAAUAGGUAUAUAUGCCUAUUUCAAGAGUUAUUGCUCUUUCAUCUGUGCCACAUCCAACCCAUCAACUACCCAAGAACUCAUUGCUUAAAUACCCACUAAGUUUAGCGGUGUAACUCUAAUGGAUAGACCGAUUUACGUAUUCGUAUACGAAACGUCGUAACUUACAGUGCUGGCUCUGAAAUCUGUAGAAAAUCUAUAGUUUAUCACUUAAAAAUGAGAAUAUCGCACUGCUAACACAAAAUGUAAUACGCGAUAUAAACUUGUAAAUCUUUUUAAACAUAUUAUGGUUGCAAAACGAAAUAGUGCCUAAUCAAUACACACACUUAUAAAUAUAUUGUUUGCUUCUCGUUACUGCCAUUUUCAUUUCCUUAUGCGCAUGCUCAACCAGAUGUUGACUGCUUGCUGCCAUUAGCGAAGAUUUGUUUUUAUGUCACCUUUCAUUGAAUCAACUUCAAACCCUAGUUUGUGACAGUGGGUCUUAGUAUUUGGAAUUAUGGAUACUACUUUUAAUGGUACUUACACUCGGUUGAGUAUGCACGCUGACAUUGCACAUCUAUUGGAGCAUACUGGCUUCAUUUCUUGCGAGCUUACACAUGUCCUCAGCAGUCACGGCCCAUGUAGCAUGGCUGUUUGUACACAUGCGUCAUACAGUCUACCUUUUACUCUGAGUGAGAAUAUCUUUGUCACCAGCAGAGGAAAUUUCAAACACUGGAUCGAGUAUGUAAUUGAGGAUAGCCUUUCAAACUUGAUAUUGGCAAGGCAAGAAACUACAAACACCAAUGUAGCAAAGUACAGAAAGUCAACACUUAUUUGUACUAAAUGUUGUAAAAUUCAGGAUUGAAUGUCAUGGUGAAGAAAGUCAAGCUCCAAGAAAAUUCAGAAAAAUAUCAGAUGACAUUGGGAUGAGAGAAUUUUUUACUCAGAUAAGCCAUCAAUAUUUAUCAUCUUUUGAAGACAAAAGGAAGAUGCUUUAGAGAACAGAUAUUACUUUGUUUAUAUAAAUCUAUUGUGGAAUUACUGUAGAAUGUUUGUUGUGUGUGAGAUUAUUGACAAAAUUUCUCUAUUUCACUAGCUAGAAUGCAUACAAGAUGAAACUUGGAUUACAAAUGAGCUUGCAACAUCUUCAUAACAAUAACAGGUGUUCGAACUAGAGGAGAAAUAUUUGACAGGAAAAGACUACAGAAACAAGAAAAAUUCUGCCAAAAUGAACAACUUUAAUGAUUGAUAUUUUUUACCUGAAGAGAUGCCGAAAGAGAUUAAAAAAUCAUCAUACCACUGUGAUGUAUGUCACAAAUCAUUCUCUCAGAGAGGUAAUCUCACUACUCACAAACGCAUUCAUACAGGAGAGAAACCAUAUCACUGUGAUAUCUGUGGUAAAUCAUUCUCUGGAAGUGGUGAUUUAACUUCUCACCAACGUACUCAUACUGGAGAGAAACCAUUUAGCUGUGAUAUCUGUGGUAAAUCAUUUUCUCGAAAUGAUGAGCUAACUGUACACAAACGGAUUCAUACAGGAGAGAAGCCAUAUCACUGUGACAUCUGUGGUAAAUCAUUCUCUGAAGGAAGUAACUUAACUAAACACAAACGUAUUCAUACUGGUGAGAAACCAUAUCAGUGCGAUAUCUGUGGUAAAUCAUUCACUGGAAGUAGUAACUUAACUACUCAUCUACGUAUUCAUAGUGGAGAAAAACCACAUCACUGUGAUAUCUGUGGUAAGUCAUUCUCUCAAACAAGUGAAUUAACUAAACACAUACGUAUUCAUACAGGAGAGAAGCCAUAUCGCUGUGAUAUCUGUGGUAAGUCAUUCUCACAAGGAGGUACCUUAAUUGCUCAUAAACGGAUUCACACAGGAGAGAAACCAUAUCAGUGUGAUAUUUGUGGUAAAUCAUUAUCUCAGAGUGGUGAAUUAACUAUACACAAGCGCAUUCAUACAAGAGAGGAACCCUAUUGUUGUGAUAUCUGUGGUAAAUCAUUCUCUCAUACAGGUAGCUUAACUAAGCACAAGUAUAUUCAUACAGGAGAGAAACCAUUUAACUGUGAUAUUUGUGGUAAAUCAUUCACUCAAAAAAGUCACUUAACUAUGCAUUUAUGUGUUCAUACAGAGAAGUAAUCACAUAUAUGUCAAAAGUAAUUUUAUGAAAGUUAUAUACGACCAUAAAUAUAUUGAAACUAGAAAUAAGAUAUAACAGUGUCAUAACAGCCUCUUAACACUAUAUUUUUAUAUAGCCACAGCUAUACAUUUUUAAGAUGAUUUACAAAUGUGAUAUUUUUAAUACUUAACACAUUUUCUGUUACAAAGAAACUAUUUGAUAAUUUGACAUUGAGAAUAAAUAAUUGAGAAAUGUAUUAUCAUAAAUCAGAGAUAACAUCACUGUACAGUUAUUAAGUUAAAAAUAACUAUAUAAAUCAUAAAAUGAAAUAUUUUAUUAUACCAUGAUAAGAUAUACAUAUGUAUGUUAUAUAUAUUCUUUUAUGUAUCUUAUAAAUAUUCUGGUUUAAAUUUUAUUGUGUAUGUAGAUAAAUUUUAACUGCUUAGCUUGAGAAUUAAAACUAUAACUUAGAUUUCACUCCAAUAUUUUUUCCUUUCUCUAACAUAUAGCACAUCAGGAGGUCAGCUGUCAUAUUUUAUCACAUUUCCUUAAAUUAAGUAGUUUUCAUAGGUCACUGAGAAUUGAAACAUAGAUAAGGGAUAACAUCCCCUUUGUUCUGGUGCUGACAUUAAGUUUCCUCUGAAAAUAUAAAUAGAAUCUCCCUCAAAGCACCAGGGACAGUAGUUUUCAAUUGCUCCAACACAAUGGUCAGUUCUUUUUCUGUUUUGCUUUCUAGCAGACAGCUUGACCUGUUAGACAUACUGCUUCCACCACUUCUCAUAGCACACAAACAAGAAUAUUCGCAUUAGCCUGCUGCUACUUAGAAUAAUAUUUUCAUUGCCUGCUGCUGCUAACCUGAGACGUGUCAAAUAAAGAUUUGUUGAUGACAUUC